ACCUUGUUAUGCCGUUGACCUUGGGACGAGCAUAAAGUUGGCGGUACAACGGGGCUGGUGAUGUUAGAACCGGAUAGCCACCAUUUCCAUCUUGACAAGUGAUAAACUGAAAAAGGCAUGAGACUGCGGACAUUCCCUGACCAGUCUUACCUCAUCUACAUCUGCCCUCGCCAUUGCAAUGAUGCCAGGGGGAAAAUAAACAAGAAGUCACCAGCUACAUGUAAAGCUUCAACGUAAAUUCAAAUAAACAGAAGAUAAGAAAAACAGUGUCGGAUCCCCAGCACCCAACCCUUUCAUCAAAGCUCACGACACAGCUCACGGCACACGACACACGACACACAGCUCACCAACAACCCUGUCAGAGCUCACGACACACGACACACGACACACGACACACAGCUCCCCAACAACUCCCUCACCCUCAAAGCUCAUGGUUCCAGAGAACGCCGCAAAUGUUCGGCCUCAAUUCCCCGAUUUCGUUCGGGACAGAAUUUUCCUUCGAUCAGUUAUUUAACGCGGCCUCGCCUCCCUCUGAGGACAGCUCCCAGGAGCAGCAACAACAGCAGCAGGAGCAACAGCAGGAACAACAGCAAGAGCAACAGCAAGAGCAACAGCAAGAGCAACAGCAGCAGCAACAACAGCAAGAGCAACAGCAGCAGCAACAGCCACAACAACAGCAACAGUAUUCUAUGCCACCAUCCCCGCGAUCGCCGGAAUCCCCAACAACGUCUCUGCUCACCUUAGAGCCCCCUGUGGAUGAAUCUUCUCUAUCUCAACUUUCUGCCAUCAGUUCUUCCCCGCAACUAUCCUCCCCAUCAUCAUCAUCAUCAUCGCCAUCGUCGUCUCUGCCGACCGUCAUUGCCCAAACUCCACCACAAAGCUUCGAAGACCGUGACAAUUUCUCGCCAUCUUCAGACUCCAGCUCCCAGUCCAAUCAUUCGCUCCCAGACGACGAGUCGAGGAGUAAUGCCGACAAGAUGGCGACUGGCGACAAUAUUGUGAACGAUUCAGAGACGGGGGGUCAGACAAACGAUGCCUCCUCACCUCCCCCCAGCUCUCAAACAGCGGCGUCCUCUUCAUCGCCGAAGCCGUCGUCGUCCAAAGAGAAGUCAGAAACCCCUUCCCCAGGCUCCUCUACACCCAUGGCCACGAGACCCCGGCGAGAUAAAUCUGAGUUGCUAAGGACGCUUCCUCCAUGCCGUGUGUGCAAAGAGAAGGCUUCCGGGUUUCAUUACGGAGUCAACACCUGCGAGGCUUGCAAGACAGGAGAGCAAGUAGGAGAGCCAGUGUCUAUGCUGUUUGGAGAUUGA